CGAUGGCCAAGCUCAUUAGCGUGAUAGACUUGCUGAGGGGGUUGUGAUGUGGAAAGGGGGACAUCUUUUGGAUGGGAAGCCCUCUCGGCAUGUUACGUAUUGUAACGGAGGAGAACAUCAAAGCGGGAACAUAUCGGAAUUUUGAACAGAGAUGUGGUGGUGAAGUGGGCGAAAGGCCCCCGGCAUAAGUAGUUUUUACACGCUUACCAGGGCAUUUUAUGUUAUCAGGCCUGUCCAUUAUACUCAACCGUGCCAUACAACGAACUCUCUCAAUCAUGCACUCAUUACUACCGGUGUCCUGAACUCCUCUUCUUCUUUCUUCUUUCUUCUUCUUCUUCUUCUUCUUCUUCUUCUUCGUCGUCGUCGUCGUCUUCGUCUUCGUCUUCGUCUUCGUCUUCUUCUCUUCGUCGUCUCCUCCUUCUUAUCUUAUUUUACUGCUCCUUCCUCUUCUUCUUUGCCACGUCCUCCUUCUUCUUCUUUGCCACGUCCUCAACUCUUCUUCCUCUUGUUGCUCAUGUCGCUGUGCAUCAGAGCGUUAUCAGAGAACACAAAGUGUUGAUCUCUUGCUUACGUGGUAGCAUUUCAACUUCACGGUCAUCAACGAAUGACGCACCCCUUCUUGUGGACCUGUCCAACCAGCCGGGCAACAACAGUUGAGCGAGGCAGCGUGGAUAUGUCAAGGCUUGAACAAGAGCACGGGAGCAUGAUGCUGCUUGACUUCCGCAACGCAUUCCGAGGAAGUAUCCUCGAGAAGUACCAUGUGGUCCCUUUGCAACUGGCUUCUUUGGACACUACAACUCAACGAAUCGAUCUCCAUCGGUUCGUUACGUUCUUGCUGUGGCCAGGAAAUGCCAGCCUCCUGAAGAGCGAUCAAGAUGCUUUCAUCCACCGAUUUGUUUCCGCCUUUCCUGGCCUGGGAGACGUUUCAUGUUAUUGCGCCGCAGCAGAGAUGGCGAGGGAAUUGCAGGUUGGCGUGGACGAGUCGGUGGAGGGAAUUGCUUCAAUGCGAGAGGACGCCACUGGGCAGAGAGAUCGGUUGCCUGCCUUGGCUGUACAGAUGAUACAGUUGGCGCUCUCUCGUCCGGAAAAUGCAAUGUCGGCAAGAAUGUUUCAGCGAUCAGGCAGGGAUGUCACGCACGAGACCGAUGCCAAUCUUGUGCAGAAAAUGUGCGAUUUUUGCAAAUUGAAAUACCGCAAGCUUUGUCGGCAUCUCGAGGUCGAUUAUCCUGGCUGGUGGUAUCAUUGCCUGACGCAUCUCAUCGAUUUCGAUUUGGUGGGAAUCGACGGCAAGCAUUUCCCGCUGAGAAUGGUCGUGUGGGAUCCGUAUUUAUUUUCCUUUGAGCAUGGCUGGUUUGCGGAGGUCAGAGAUCGCGAGACGGGCGUCCUGAUCGCCAAAGCAGACGGUGAUAAUCGUCGAUACAAUGGCGAGACACUACUCAAGGUCGUGCCGAAGACUGGCGUCGGAGAACGGUACAAGCCGCACGGCAACGUCCCUACUGCGCAGAAAACCUCUGGCAUAUUUAUGCAUGUUGUCGAAGAUUUUCUCUUCUAUAGCAUUGACAACAACUGCAGCAUGUUCAGCAGCAAGAUGGACAGCCAGGAGGUGGCUUCCUUACACGAUCUUCGCGAAGCUUCUUUUCGCAGAUUUAGAGAGCCGUGCCAGCACAUAACCUUCUCUGGCCGCUCGGAGUUUGAGCGUCUGAUUCCCGUCGCGGCUUCUCUCUCUUAUCUCCAUUUCGAUUAUGGGUCUGCCGAGCGCGUUUACCGGGACUUUGACUCUGUUGUAUGCCACUUUGGGCUUCGCAAAUCGUUGCUUGAAGAUGUAUUGCGGGGAGAUUUAGAGCAGUGCCAAGCAAAUUGUAAACGCUUUCAAAGUAUCUUCAAGGAAACUUGCUGGGAGCAAUUGCCUGAGGAUCUGGUGAUGCGGAUAUUGGACCUUGUGGUGCAUCCGCCUCGGCAUAUAGUAUCCGAACCUUUUAAACCGCAGCCUGGCCGCACAUUUGGACCAGAUUCAGAUGGAAACGGAUGCAAUUGAGAAGGUAACAUCAGAAUCUGGUGUAGUGUACAGAUGGCUAUUGCUGCGGUGCUUGACGUAUAUGCGUCUAUACCCUGAUCAUUGUGACACCGAGCAGCAAGCGUAUGGUUUAUUCACAACGUCAAGUUUGAAGUCUAAGUCAAACAAGAGGUUACUAUCAACAGGCCGGAGAGCGACAAUCGCUUGUUUUUCUCACCGCAUGACGUUUGCAAGUUUUAAGUCGAGAAUCAAGAAGAUGGUCUCGCCAACAGGCCUGCGACCGACGGAAAUUCUGAUGCUGUUAGUGAAGGAGGGAUCCUCAUGGUAUAUAUAUAGUGAAACUCCGACGAAACAGUUUGUCACAGCCCCUUGUUUGUUGUCCUCUUCUCCCUCUCUGCCUACGGUUUACCGGGCAGUUCUAUUUGACGAUAUAUAUACUGCCUGCUUGGCUGGAGCUGAAGGUGAUCCAAGUCUGCACGUUCGGCGGUGUCGGCAGUUCUCGGAAAUUUUGUGACCUACUUUUGCUCUUUUACCGUCAGAUUACCCGACAUAGGGUGCCACUUCAGGAGCCCUGGAAAAGGGGUUGAGAGCAUACUCGUAGCAGGACUUGCGCGUGGAUGAAUAUGACCACGUUUACAGCCGGUCCUGGACGUAUCUGACUGCAAUUACGUCCAGAGAUCAUUAGAAUAAGUCGUAGUAUGAGUAAGCCCAGACUGGGUGUAUGUAUACAGUGGACACCAAACAGGUGCAAGAAGUCGGGGACAGGCGGACUGAGCUGUCUGCUUGGUCUCUGACGAAAGAUUACGCAGAUCAAUGGAGGCCGAAAUUAAAGAAGCCGGGUGCAUUGAACUGUCUUCUUGGUCGCUGACGAAACAUUACGCAGAUCAACGGUAGUCAGAAAUGAAAGAAGGUGGGUACAUCAGGCUGUCUGCUUGGUCUCCGACGAAAGAUUACACAGAUCAGAAAUGAAAAAAAAAAGGUGGGUGCACCUAUAACUGUCUGCUUGCCAGUGCGUGGUCUCUGGCGAACGAUUACGCAGAUGAACAGAGGUCGAACGUGAAAGAAGGUGGGUGCACCUAACUGUCUUCGUGUUCUUUGGCGAAAGAUUGAGCAGAUGAAUGGAGGUUGGAAAUGAAAGAAAGAUGGGUGCACGCCUAACUGUCUGCAUGGUUUCUGGUGAAAGAUUACGCAGACGAACGGAAGUUGGAAAUGAAGAAGGCGGCCAGGUGCACCGAACUGACUGGGUGUCUCUAUACAGUGGACAUGAAACAGGCUCAAGAAGGCGGCCAGGUGUACCGAACUGUCUGCUGCGUGGUCUCUGGCGAAAGAUUACGCAGACGAACAGAGGUCGGAAAUGAAGAAGGCGCAUGCAUUGAACUGACUGGGUGUCUCUAUACAGUGGACAUCAGACAGGCUCAAGAAGGCGGCCAGGUGCGCAUAACUGUCUGCUGCUUGGUCUCUUGCGAAAGAUUACGGAGAUGAACGGAGGUCGGAAAUAUGACGAAGCUGGAUAUGGUUCCGAUAAAGUGAGUUACUGUGG